CUAACACGCACGCUUUUUUUCCCUCACUCAUCCCGCAGCCCACCACACGCGCGCGCGCCACGCACGGAGAAGCCCUGCUCGCGGCCCCGAAAUCCCACCUUCCAUUGCCGCCUCGGAUCACAACCCCGCGACCAUGGCCGACAAGCGCAAACAACCUCCGCCGCCCGCCAACGGCCGCCAGCGCAAGCGCGCAAAGACCCGCGAUGCCCGCACUAUCGCUACCCAGGCAUCCGGCGUCGCUUUCAAGAACGGCGAGGUCGACGUCGACAAGUUCGUCAAGGCGCGCCAGUACGAAAUCAAGGCGCUCGAGGAUGGCAUGGCACGCUCGCGCAAAGGGCUCACCACCCGGGCUUUCCAGGGCGUGCCUAAGGAAUUGCGCAGGCGGACGGCGAGUCACAAUGUCAAGAGGGUGCCAAAGCGGCUGAGGGCGCGUGCUGCGAGGGAGAUGGCUGAGGACAACACCCCCACAGUCACGGCAAGGCGGAGGAAACCGUCGUCUCACAUGCGCCUGAGGCUGGAGACAGCCAAGCGGCUUAAAGCACUGAGCACAAAGGCAAAAGCAAGAAAAGAGAAAAAGAAGCAGAAGGCGAAGGCAGAUGGUGAUGGCGACGCAGAUGCGAUGGAGGUUACGGUUACGGACAAUGCGACAGCAGCCAUCCAGCCCAGAACGCCGCGCGUAAAGACGGCCACGCUCAAGAACCCUCCUACGCCGCCUGCCAAAUUCCGCAAGCGCCAGUUGCACAAGAGCUGGCUGCCAACUCACAUGUUCCACACCAAGCGCGCCCAUCUGACGCCUCCGAGCGAGCCACUGUGGCGCUUCGCUAUUCCUCUCGCGCCCACCGUAAAGUGCUACCGGCCAACCCACAGAGCCAGCACAACCAGAGGGGCAGUUGCCUGGGACAUGAGCUACAUGUCGACCAUCGGCUUGGAAGGAUCGGAGACUAGUGUGCAAGGGCUGCUUAAAGCUCUUGGCGUCGGUGUCAAUGGUGAUCCGGAAAGACUCUGGGGAAAGAAGGGCGAAAAAUGGAGGAAAGGGACCCGAGCUUGGGAAGGUUGGCUCUACGAGAGAGAUGGCUGGCCGCAGAAAUCUAUUGCACCGGUCACAGUGAUUUGGCACGCCGGUUCCAACUCUGAAGAUGUCGAGAUGAAGGACGCAUCAGCUACUGCGCAGAACAAAAAAGAACGAAGAAAAGCUUUUAUACGCGUACAUCCGUCAGCCUUCCUGCAGCUUUGGAACGAAGUCUUGAAAGUUGCCAAAAUGCAACGACCCACCGUCACGGUAGAAGACCUGCGGUUUGAGAUUGGAAGCAUCGAAAUCACUGGUCCAGGGGCCACGGAAGCACUUGCGGGAGCCUUGUGGCCUUUGGCAAAAGAGACUGUCGAGGAUAGUCCUGAAGGGACUUGGAAGACUUUAGGACCUGUAACCAACCUUAACACUCUUCCCAACAACUGUCUUCUCGGCUUUGACAUUUCCGACCCGCGACUACACCACCCGCCACGGACCAUCUCCCAUCCGAUGGACAAGGCAUCCCACUCGCGUCUCCUCCAGGUUAUGGCCAACUGGCCAGCAGACCGCACACAGUCCGCUGCGGCACUCUUUGACCGUACCAACCGCCUUGCCGCAUCGCGCUCUCUGCCAAGCCAAAAGUCCAUCAAUCGCCGCAAGACUUUGGCUAUACCUGGAUCCUACCCAGAGGCUCGUCCCACCGACCCCAAGAUUCCUGUUCUGCUCUACGCAUCACGCGGCGCGGGUGUGAGCACUGGGACAUGGACGGUGCUCUUGCCGUGGAAGUGCGUGUCGCCGGUGUGGAGUAGCAUUAUGUACUACCCGCUUUCGACGGGUGGUAAUGUGAGGCUUGGUGGGCUCGAGCAGAAACGGCAGCUGGCGUUUGAGGCAAGCGUGCCAUGGUUUCCUGGCGAUUUUCCGGGAACCAAGGCUGGUAUGCAGUGGGAAGAAAGAGAGCGGGAUCGGAAGAAGAAUGAGUGGGAGCGCAGGCCGAAGGGAAAACGGACAGAAUGGGACAGCGUGCCCUUAGCAGAAGGUAGGAAAGGCGAAGUCGGGAUGGGCUGGGCCUGCGACUGGGAGAGGGUUAUCAACGAUCAAGCCUCGAACGGAGACAACGACGCCGCUACAAAACCAACCAUCUACCAACUCCCCUCCUCUCUGGCAUCGCAACAGCCCGCCACCGCCGCCGCCACAAGCCUCUCCGCCAUCACAACCGUCCGCCUGGCGCUCCUCUCUCGCGGCCUCCCCAUCUCCUGCGCCCGCAUCUACCGCCUCCCGACCACGGACCCUACUCUCCGCAAACAAUGGCUCGCCCUCGCGCCCAGCACCAAGUCCAACGCCCCCGCCCGCGCCGCCAAAUGCGCCUCCGCUUCCGCGCUGCCGCCACGGCGUCCUCCUCCAGAGGCUCCAGAGCACGUGUGGCAAGCGCAUCUAGCGGCGUCCUUGCUCGAGCCUCCUCCUCAGGCCGGCAACCCGGCGUACCCGGCUUCGCCUGACGCACAGGAUCUCGUGGGAUUUGUAACCGCAGGGAACUUUAACUUGGCCGAUGGACGCGGGACGGCGGUUGGGGGGGUGGUGUUGGCCAAGUUGUGUGUGGGUGAGGGUGGGGAGAUGGGCGAGGCCAUGGCUGGAAGGGGGCUUUGUGUUGUGAGGAAUGCGGGCGAGACGGUGGCGAGGGUUGCCAGGUGGGAGGUUGUGUAGAGUGUGGGUGGAUGGUUGUGCUGGUUGGCAAUGCUGGCUCUGGAAAUGGCGGAUAUAUCAUAUCGGUGUAUCAGGUUAGAUCUUAGUAGCGUGGCUACUUGCUGCUUUUGCUGUUGUAAAGAUAUGUAAUAAGCAGUCGAUACUAAGAGGAUCGGGGUGUUGAUGCCUCCUCG